AUGGUGGGUAACCCAGAGGAUAUUUACCUGCUGAACGAGUAUGAGCUAUACUGGCGGGACCAUUUUGACUGGCUGCAACAAUCUGGGUACACUUUGCGCCCCCGAUACAAGCCUAACUGGAUACCUUCCUGGCAAGGAACGAAGAGGCGUCCGGGAGAUUUCGAGGACUCCCGGGAUUGCGAGGUGCCGGUUUUAACAAGUGCCCAAUGGUGUUCAAUACUUACAUCAGUUCAGAGACCGGUGGUGUUGGAUGCAACACGCGUCAGUGACAAGGAGAUGGUCCUUUUGAAGCGGAUCCACAAGUUGAUACACCCAUAUGAAGUCGGAAUCGGACAGUACUUCUCCUCCGAGGCACUGGCUUCGGAUCCUCGAAACCACUGUUGUCCUGUCUACGAUGUACUUCAUGACCCCGCCGAUGAGAACACCAUCAGCAAAACCAUCAUUGUCAUGCCCCUCCUUCGGCGGUACAACGACCCCAAUUUUCUGACUGUAGGGGAAGCUCUGGAGUUUUUCCGCCAGAUAUUUGAGGCCUUAGCGUUCAUGCACGAGCACCAUGUCGCGCAUCGUGAUUGCAUGACGCUCAACAUCAUGAUGGACGCUCGUCCCAUGUAUCCUGAGAUGUACCAUCCUCGUUCCCCGUUUAUGAAGCGCGACUACUCCGGGAAAGCGAAGCAUUAUUCACGGACGAGACGUCCAGUGAAGUACUAUCUCACGGACUUCGGCAUAUCCAAGAGGUUUGACAAGGACGACACGAAUCCCAUAGUCGUGCCGAUCAUCAGCGGCGAUCCUUCUGCUCCCGAGUUCCAAGAAGACAAAGUCACGGCUCGCAAUCCCUUCCCGACCGAUGUGUAUUAUCUUGGGAACGUGAUCAGGGAGGAUUUCCUUACGGUGAGUCGUCCAGAUCUUUAUUCUAACCUGAAGUUCCUGUAUUCUCUCGUCGGUUCCAUGGUUCGCAAGGAUCCUGCAACGCGGCCGACUAUGGCGCAGGUCGUCAAGUCAUUCGAGCAACUCGUAUCUAAGCUGUCUAAAUGGCAGUUAGGAGCUCGCCUCGUCCUUCAUACCGACGAUAGUAUCGUCAAUGCCUUGAAGUAUGUGCAUCACCUCUACUUUCGUCUGAUACCUUACCUCCUUCUGAGGUUGCCUUCGCUACCCUCGCCGAAAUCAUGA